CGCAUUUCCGUUUCCGUCACAUGAGCCCUGACAAAAGGGAGGCUUUGUUGCCCCGAUUUGAUUUGGGGUGUUUCAUACACAUUAAAAACACUUAAACACAGACACGUCUACAAUUUCUUUUUCCAAGCGUUUUUUUCUGUUCGUGCAAUGGAGACGUUCAACGACCUUCUGCAGCUCUAUCCUCAAGUGCUGUACAGCGCCACAGCGUUCGUGGCCGGCGGCGUGCUCAUCUACAAGCUUGCUAACAGGAAAAAGCCCCGGAAUGCUACAGUGAACUGUUGGUUCUGCAAUCAGGACACAGUAGUUCCAUACGGCAACAGGAACUGUUGGGACUGCCCCAGCUGUGACCAGUACAAUGGAUUUCAGGAUAAUGGCGACUACAACAAGCCCAUUCCGGCCCAGUACACAGAGGAUCUGAACCAUGGAGUGUCUGGCAGUAUUCCUACUCGGGUGUCUCUUGGCACCAUGCAGUGGGUAAACUCCAAGAUGCUCCUGUGCAGGAAGUGCAACCAUAACCAGUCAACUAAAAUCAGGCUGCUGGCUUCUUUCAUACCAAAGGAUGAUGGGAACUACGACGAGGAGAUUGACGCUUACAAGUGUCACUUGGAGGAGCACUACAAACUAUGCAGGCCUUGUCAGGCAGCUGUAGAAUAUUACAUUAAAUAUCAGAACCGCCAGCUUCGGUCCAUUGUGCUCACCAAUCAUCUUAGACACACUCAAGAGUCUCUGAAGGGCUUUAUAAAGGGCUCCCUCUCUGCAUCCUGUCCUCUGGCUGUCGUCUUGCUCAGAUGUCUCUCGUUCCUCGUUUGUGCUCUUCUGCUCGCUUUGACUUUCUCUGCUGACCAGCAGACUUCAAACGGAGGACUAAAUCAUUCCCAAUCAAUCGCCCACAACGUGUCCGCCACCAAAAAUGGCAGCGAUGGAGUCACACAGCCAUGGCAGAGUCUGCUGGACCUCCUCCCGGUUACACUCGUAGACAAUGCCAAGCUCUUGUUGCUCUUCGGACAAGCUCAUCAGGUGGCGGUCAUUUGUGUCGGCCUGUCAUCGUGCCUCAUUGGUCUCCUAUUCGCAGGAGCGGCCAGGUUGAGGAGAAUUGAUAUUGUGUCUUCGGUGCUGUGGUUCCUGGUUUGUUGUUGGCACCUGUUGGCAGCGUACGUCGAGGAUGACGCCUCCAGCUGGCCUGCCACACACGUCACCACCGUGUUGUGUUGCCUUGUCAGCUUUGCCGCCGCCGUAGCCACACGCAACCCUUUGAGUCAACGAAGAGGCAGACAUCGAAGAAACCUCCCGGAUUCCUCCAUGCGCUCCCUGAGCAACGAGCCCGCUUUGCUUACCCCCGAAAUGAUCCGCUCCUUCAUCCCCGCACCUCCUCCCAACAUCUCCAAGCUCAUAAACCACCAAAAGAGUCCCCCGAAGCCCAAGGGCUCGCUCUCCUCUCUGCCGCGCCGUCUCAAGAACGCCCUCUGCCUUGGUACCAUCUCCACCUUCACCACGACGGAUUCAGGCUACUUGUUCAGCGGAAGCAGACCAGCCUCAGUCUACAAAGACUCCCCUCCCUCAGACUACUUUUCAAUGAAAUCAUGGAGUCGCCCAUCAUCGCCCGGCCUCUCGCCGACUCCCUCGGUUGAUGGCUCCUCGACAUCCAGCUCGGGCUCGGACAGACACAGUCGUCCUCUCAUCAGCCCGGCACGCCUCAACCUUCGUCGGAGUAAAGCCACGAUGCACUCCAACAAGACGCCGUCCACUUUCAGGUCCCCGCCGGUGUCCCCGUCACAGGUUCUCCUCACGGACCAGACCUUGAUUUACAGCAGUCGCCUUUCGCCAGAUGUACCGCUUUUCUCGAGCCAGAGUGAUUUGACUUCAAUACACGAAGACAGCAGUGUGAAGGAGAAAGCCAGCAGCACUUCUGGGUCUUUAACGUCACUGGCUGGCUCGGUGACCGGGUUGCUAGAGAGCAGCCGCUCCUCACAAAAUACGACACGCUGUGUUUGGAUGGUGCUUUUAGUCAUCAGCCUGAGCACCAACCUGCUGUUUGCUGCGCUCUGGAUGUCCUACAACUGGAGAGGAACACUGGACAACCUUCGACUCCUCUUCCCCUGGUCCAAAAGGUUUCAGUAACUUGCUUUGAAAAGGUUCUCGAUUAUCCCAAACCACGACUCAUGCUUUAGGAGAUGCGAUGAAAAUCGGCUUUUGCGUACGAGGGUUUCACCGGAAAUAAAUAUGGACAGCGGUGAUGUGUCGUGCAAGAAUGUGCUUCGCUUGGCACUUCUCAUGUGUGCAACGUUUUGGCACCAUUGCUCCCUUAUGGACCGUCACCUUCAGUGUGACCUGACCUGGUGCAAUGUCACAGUGACUACUUGUGGAAACAUCAGUUGCUCGGGUUUGUUUUGAAUUGAGAUGGGUUAAAAAAAAAAAAAAACAAAGAGGUUGGGGUUGUAGUCAGGGGUGUGUAAAAGCAGUGACCCGAAGGACUAGGAAAUGGAAUAUUGCGCUCCACUUCAAGUCGGUCACCGCGCUUUAGUGCACUCAGAAUAGGUCAGGCCAGCCUCUAUUUGAAGUCGAGUCAGCAGCGGCCGCAUCAAAUGCUUGCGAGGGCCAACGGUGAUCGCCGUCUUGUGGUGCCGCGGCUUCGACAGUCCGUUAAAAUAUGUCCGUACGUGAAAGCGGUCCUCUGCGUAAAAAAAAAGAAAAAAAAGAGUGGACACCUGCCCGAGAGAACCGUGCAAACAAUUCAACAAUUUUUUUUUUCAAAAGGGCCGAUUGUGUUGAAUUUCAACUUAAUAUCUUUUUAUAAAAGCUUCCAAGCGCUAUGUCGCUGUAAUUAAAAUAUAAACGUUUUUUAAAAUUUAUAUUAAAAUGAGGUCAGCGGUGAACAAAAUGGAGCAUCUGCCUCUGCAAUUCGCUACUCUGUAACGAUUUGGGGAUCUUUUUAUGGACCCUCUCAUCUGUUAUUCACUGACAAAUUUCACUUCACUGUUUUUAUGCUCUGGACAAAGCACCGUCUAAUGUAAAAGAAGUAAAUUGCUUUUCAUACACUCUUGUGGCAUUUUGGUGCUAUGAAACUACGUUCAUGUGAGGGGAGAAAGUUCCUUUAGACAGGGUUUACACUAUCUGAAUGCGAUUGCUCUCUCUUGCCCCUGUAAAGUGGUGAGUGUUGUCAAGCACUUGUCAGCUGCAACUGAAGUUGAGUGCAAAAAAUUAACUGUUUUUGGAUUCAGUCAACACCCGUUUUGGCUAGCCUGCAAAUCCAGACUCAAUCAUUGCUUAUAGACCCAUCGCACAUAUUUUUGAGGCGGGGCAAACAUGAGCAGACAGCGAAAUCAGUGAAGAGCGGGCACGAAAAAAAAAAGUUUUAAAAUUAACGCUUCCAGUGCCGUCGGCUGCUUAUUCGUUUCUAGUUAUUUAAAGCCGAUUUUAAUGCUGAAUGAUAUUAACAAACCAUUGUCUCUUGCGGAAUGGACUUCCUCCACCGAAGCGUGGCCUUGUUCACAAAAAUAAAUACGUCACAGCAAAUAGAUAAAAUUGAUUGCACAGUUUUGAACUGGGCCUGAGCCGCAGUGCAGGGCUGGCUUUCCAGAACCACUUCCAUUUGGAAGAAAGUGGCUUCGGCUUGCCAGGCUACAUUUUGGCAGGAGUUGUCUGCCUCCAGAGUAAACGAAACACUUUCACGUUUGGAGUUUUCCGUUGUGAAUGUAUUUGCACUUGAUAACCGUAUUUUCCGGACGAUAAGACGCGUCGGAGUAUCAGGCGCACCU